AUGGUGCCCUCGUUGCGCAACACCGCGCUCGGAGCUCUGGGCCUCCUCUCCAAUGGCUUUGUUUCUGCUCAGUCUUCGUCGAAACGCAUUGGAGCCAGUCCCGGUUUCCGCGGCAUGAGCGAUGCUUGCCCUGACCAGUGUAUCAAUACUGGCGCUGACCCCUCCAACUGGAGCGUCUAUCACAACCUGAACCAGCUUGCUGCAUGCAAGCAGCCUCUCUUUUAUAGUUUUGCUAUCCACGACCAAGUUGACGACUCCGACUCGCACCAUCGCAUCUAUGCAUGCUCGGUGUACGGUGAUGAUUGGGUUGAUGUAUCUGGCGCCCAGGCUGCAGCCCUGAGCGCCUCCAACGACCACGAUGUCGAUUACGAAGUCGGCUGGUGGGCCAACUCUACCGGCUCAGACGCUGGUAUCAGUGGUCUCGCCAAAGAGAUGCGCGAAUACGUCGCAAAGGGUCAUGCCCCCAGCAACGAAACCACCAUGCUUUUCGGAAAGAUUGGCGGCGUGACGGCUGGUCUUUAUAUUGGACGCGCGCUUGACAAGCAACAUGUUGCCACCACUGCUCUAUCCGCCUUGCGUGAUGAGAUUCACUCCUUUGAUGGAAGUCGAGGUGAUUUGGCCAUGCAGCUCUGUAACAAGGACUAUGACGCCGACCACAUCUUUGGCUUCAUGGCCGUCAGCAACGGCACGUUUGAUGUUGCCCAAACUGCUUUCAAGGCCUGGUACGACGGGAAAUGUCUUGAGUUCCCUACCUCCCACAACCUUACUGGCAAAGCCCAGUUCACCUCUGCGCUUCUCUCUUCGAUCAAGGGCUCCAACUCGACCAGCACUAACGGCACGUCGCCUGCCACUGCAAAGCGAUGGGCUGACCUCGCUUCUCGUGGCUUGUGCCGAGCCAUCCAAGUUGAGAAGAACGACAGCUGCGGCAAGUUGGCUCAGAAGUGCGGCAUCUCUGGAGCCGACUUUACCAAAUACAACUCGGCCGAAGGCUUCUGUGCCAACCUUCGACCAAAGCAGCACGUUUGCUGCUCGGACGGCGACAUGCCUGACUUCCGACCUAAGCCCAAUUCCGAUGGCUCUUGUGCCACCAUCACAGUCACCAUGGGUGAGAACUGUGACUCCAUUUCUGCCGCCAAUUCUCUCACGAAAGACGAGCUCAGCGAUUUCAACAAGAACACAUGGGCCUGGACCGGAUGCAAGAAUGUCUUGAAGGGCGCUGUCAUCUGUGUCAGCAAGGGCUCGCCGCCUAUGCCUGACCCCAUUGCUGACGCCGUUUGCGGUCCUCAAGUCAAGGGUACCAAGAAGCCUUCUGACAUGUCCAAGAUUUCUGAGCUCAACCCUUGCCCUCUCAACGCUUGUUGUGACGUCUGGGGCCAGUGUGGUAUUACAGAUGAAUUCUGUACUGACACCGGUACCGGUGCUCCUGGUACUGCGAAGCCCAACACAAAUGGCUGUAUCUCCAACUGUGGCACCAAAAUCAUCAAGGGUGAUGUCUCUGAGUUCCGUAGCAUCGCUUACUACGAAGGCUUCUCUUUCAACCGCAAGUGCCUCUUCCAGGAUGCUCUGCAAAUCGACGGCUCUCAAUACACCCAUCUUCACUUUGGAUUUGGUGACAUCUCUCCAGACUUCAAGAUCAGCAUUGGCGACGAGAUGUCUACGUAUGAGUUCAACAACUUCCGCUUCAUCCGUGGACCCAAGAAGAUUUUGUCGUUUGGAGGUUGGGCGUUCUCCAACGAGCCGGCUACCUAUGACAUCCUCCGUCGCGGCGUACAAGCUGGGAACCGCGAGACUCUCGCUAAGAACAUUGCCAAAUUCAUUAACGACAACGGCCUCGACGGUGUCGAUAUUGACUGGGAGUACCCCGGCGCAACUGAUAUCCCUGGCACACCGCCUGGUGCUGAUCCUAAGAGCGAGGGCACCGACUACCUCAAGUUCCUUGUUACUCUCAAGAAUCUUCUGCCAAACAAGUCUGUGUCUAUCGCUGCGCCAGCCUCAUACUGGUACCUGAAGGGCUUCCCUAUCAAGAGAAUCAGCCAAGUCGUUGACUAUAUUGUUUUCAUGACUUAUGAUUUGCAUGGUCAGUGGGAUGCCGGCAACCCCAACUCUCAGCCUGGCUGUGAUGAUGGCAUGUGCCUGCGUAGCCAGGUCAACUUGACUGAAACCAUGACUUCUCUUUCUAUGGUCACCAAGGCCGGUGUCAACUCCGGCAAGGUUGUCGUUGGUGUCACCAGCUAUGGUCGUUCCUUUGCCAUGGCCGAAGCUGGUUGCCACGGCGAACAGUGCAAGUACACCGGUAGCCGACUUCAGUCUAACGCUGCCAAGGGCGAGUGUACUGAUACUGCUGGAUAUAUUUCGAACGCGGAAAUCGGCAAAAUUUUAGCCAACUCGAGCCGAGUCAAUGAACAUUUCGUCGAUUCUGGCAGCAACAGCAACAUCCUUGUCUAUGACAACACUCAAUGGGUUGCCUAUAUGACACCUGCUCUGCGCAACAGCCGCACAAACAUUUACAAGCAUCUUCAGAUGGGCGGUACCACGAACUGGGCCACCGACUUGGAAGACUUCAAUGACGCACCUGAGGGUGUGAAGGACUGGGCCAACUUUAGGCUUCAGAUCAAGGCUGGCAACAACCCGCUCAACCACGCCGGCGACAGAAGUGGCAACUGGACCAAGCUCACUUGCGAUGAUAAGUUUUGGACGGAAAAGCUUGAUUACACUCCUUCUCAACGUUGGGCAGGUCUGGAUGCCAAAGAUGCUUGGACAGACAUUAUCAACGAUUGGAAAGAGUACCGCAAGGAGCGUCCCAACUCGGCCAAGGAAGCGGGUGCCUUUUCACAGUUUAUCUCGUACCUCAUUGGCAACCCUCCUGACCCUCACUGUGAGGACAUCCUCACCGGAAACAACUGCAGAAACACUUUUGACUGCAAGGAGUUCACGGGCGACAAGAGCGGACCUGCCGCGGCCUUGGUCUGGAACUCGCUGGUCAAGAUCAGCUCCACCUACGCCAAGUACCACCAGUCUGUUGUUGAUGUCUCGGCUUUGUUGAUUGACAAUACAUUGUCUGAUUUCGAGAAUAAGUUUGCUCCUGUGCCUCCACCAAAGGACAUGGCUUGGCUCAAUAUUCUUCUCAGCUUCGUCUCCAUGGGUGCUCCAAUGAUUGGUUCUCAGUUCUUCACUGGUGUCAUUGCUAAGCUACCAGCUUUGGCCUCCAAGACACCCGAGGCGAUCGCGAAGGGUGACAAGGUCGUCCAGACCAUCAUCUCCGGCGGUGUUUCUAUUGGUAUUAAUUUGAAAGGCAGCCCCAAGGUUGAUGACUGGACCGAUGCUUCUCAGAAGGAGUUUUCUCACUACAUCGGGCAGUCGCUGUACGUCUGGGACAACAUUACAGCUGUCGAUCUGGGCAACCUCUUUGACGGCUCCGAUGACUCCAUCAACAAGCUGACGGACUUGAUCGCCGAUGGCAAGUUCAUCGACGGUUACAGCGGAGCCGAUGGUCCUCUGAAGCGCACUUCGGAGCUGGCAGUCAGAGAUGAUUCCAAUCUCGGCACUCCUAGUGACGACGAGAAGACGACCAUGAAAGACGCCUUCCUCAAGUCUUUCUACGGGUUUGCUAUUCCUGCCGUCUGGAAGGCCUCUGGCCACCAUCCCUUUAUUAUCGACACAGGCUUCGAUUGUGAUCACGACGCCGGCAAGACCCUCAAGUCUGCCUGCUACGAAGGCAAGCGCUACCAGCUCGCCGACCCCGACGGGAAAUCGCACCCGUGCGAUGAGACCAACUGUGGCCUGAUUACCUGCUCCUGCCCCGACUCUGACUUUUCAUCGCUCAAGGGCGCAGAUCUGCUUACUGGCAGCGACUGGGGUGGCAUCAAGUACGAGGACAUCAUCAUCGGCUCUGUCAAGACGUGGCUCCAGAACGACAAGGCCAACGGCGGCGGCGAUGCGGAUCCCACUGACUCGGGUACACUCAAGGGCCUUCGGGAUGAGGAUGUCACCACUCCUGGAUAUAUCAAGCUGCCCGUGUGCAACCAGGUCCUGGCGCGGCGCUCCUGGGCCAAUGCUGAUGACACCGAGUCUGCUCGUGACAAGGACUUUUUUCCCUGCAACACGGAUAAUGGCAAGGAUUACUGUGGCGCCUCGACCUUUGAGAAUAAAGGCUCUGACGCUUCUCCUCUUGUGAAGGACUGCCUCCAGAUCGUCAAGAACAUUGAAGGCACCGACGGCGAGUGGAACAUUUCACCCCUCAAGAAGCAGCGCGAGCUGGUCAAGUUUGGCAGCUGCCACUUCGGUGUCACUGGCACCAACAUCAAGGGCAACGUCAGCUUCAAUGUUGGUGCCCAGGACAUUGUCGACAUCAUCAAAGACGCAAUCAAGCAAUUCGGCAGCGGUGACCGCAUUGGUGCCAAGGGCAGCAUGCAGUGCGGCGGAAACAUCAAGAAGCAAGAUGUCGAUUGGGGUCUGUACUAG